AUGGGGAACUCAUACGCUGGGCAACUGAAAUCCGCUAGAUUUGAGGAAGCUCUACACAAUUCCAUAGAAGCCUCGCUCAGAUGUAGCAGUGUAGUCCCACGGCCAAUCUUCUCCCAGCUUUACUUGGACCCGGAUCAGCACCCUUUUUCAGAUGCAGAUGUCAAACCCAAGGUGGAAGACCUAGAUAAAGAUCUAGUGCACCGCUACACUCAAAAUGGCAGCAUCGAUUUUUCUAAUAAUGUAGCAAUUAAUGAAAUGGAAGAUGACGAAGAUGAAGAAGACAUGUCUGACUCAAACAGUCCACCAAUCCCCUAUGCACAAAAACCUGCCCCAGAAGGAUCUUGUACUACAGAUGGGUUUUGCCAAGCAGGAAAGGAUUUGCGUUUGGUAUCGCUGUGUAUGGAGCAAAUUGACAUCCCAGCGGGGUUCCUCCUGGUGGGGGCCAAGUCUCCCAAUCUUCCUGAACAUAUCCUAGUUUGUGCUGUGGACAAGCGAUUUCUACCAGAUGACCAUGGGAAAAAUGCACUUUUAGGGUUUUCUGGAAACUGUAUUGGUUGUGGGGAAAGAGGAUUUCGGUAUUUCACGGAAUUUUCCAACCACAUUAACUUGAAGCUCACCACCCAGCCAAAGAAGCAGAAGCACUUGAAGUACUACCUAGUCAGAACCUCCCAGGGUGUGUUAUCAAAAGGGCCACUCAUCUGCUGGAAAGAAUGUAGAAGCCGUCAAUCCUCUGCUGUUUGCCACUCCACUAAACCUGUUUCUUCAGUGUCAUCAACUGUGGCUCCAGAAAAUGGGACAGCUAAUGGAUACAAAGCAGGCUUCACUCAGACAGAAGCAGCAAAUGGGACCAGUAGCCAUGGAGGGAAGAGUGGCUCAUCCAUGUCCACUCCAUCCCGCCCCGGGAACUACUCUUUGUCACCAAGACCUAGCUACACAUCCAUAGACCAAGCUAACAUGUUCAUUUCUGGCCCACCUAAGAAACGACACCGGGGAUGGUAUCCUGGGUCACCUGUCUCCCAGCCUUCUCUAGUUAUGCCUGUUCCCACAGUCCGUCCUCUUUCAAGAACUGAGCCCCUCUUAUCUGCCCCAGUUCCACAGACCCCCUUAACUGGAAUUCUCCAGCCUCGGCCUGUCCCUGCAGGGGAAACAGUGAUUGUUCCUGAAAACCUGCUGAGUAACUCAGGAGUUAGACCAGUGAUCCUGAUAGGCUACGGAACUUUACCCUAUUUCUAUGGAAAUGUUGGUGACAUUGUUGUGAGUCCUUUGCUGGUGAAUUGCUACAAGAUUCCACAGUUGGAAAACAAAGAGCUAGAGCAAUUAGGGUUGGCGAGCACCCAACUCCUGAGUGUGGAAAACAUGAUCCUUCUGACUGUACAGUAUCUUGUGCGGUUAGGUCAUGACCAGAUACCUCUCAGGGAAGAAUUUGAGCAAAUCAUACUGAAAGCUAUGCAAGAAUUUACUGUGAGAGAACGGGCCCUGCAGAUGGGUGCUCCAUGUGCCCCCGUGUCACCAGGACAACUCCCGUGGCUCGCUAGGUUAGCUGCCAGCGUGGCUCAAGACAUGGUUCAUGUCAUUGUGACCCAAAACUCUCUGGCAGAGGGCAUUUCAGAGACACUGAGGCUUCUCAGUGAAAUCAAACACUAUCAGAGGCUGCCGGAUUAUGUUGUAGCCAUUUGUGCAUCGAAAAUCAGAGGGAAUGAAUUUUGUGUGGUGGUAUUAGGUCAGCGUCAGUCCCGAGCUCUGGCAGAAAGCAUGCUUACCACAAGUGAGUUUUUGAAAGAAAUUAGUUAUGAGCUCAUCACAGGAAAGGUCAGUUUCCUGGCAUCGCAUUUCAAAACCACCUCAUUAGGCGAUGACCUGGACAAGCUGCUAGAAAAAAUACAACAAAGAAGAGGAGACAGCGUGGUCACCCCUUUCAACGGUGACCUUAAUGAGUGUGUGUCACCUCAGGAGGCUGCUGCUAUGAUCCCCACACAAAACCUGGAUGUAGAUAACGAAACCUUCCAAAUUUAUCAACCACAGCUCACAGUUGCCAGAAGACUCUUGUCCCAGGUGUGUGCAAUCGCAGACAGUGGCAGCCAGAGCCUGGACCUCAGCCACUGAAGCAAAGUGGACUUCAUCAUCAUCGUCCCACGAUCAGAGGUUCUGGUCCAGCAAACUCUCCAACGAGUUCGACAAUCAGGUGUCCUUGUAGACCUGGGUCUGGAGGAAAAUGGGAUGGCUCAUCAGAGAGCAGAGAAAUAUGUUGUUCGCCUGGACAAUGACAUUCAAAGCAAGUUUGAAGUUUUUAUGAGAAGGGUGAAACAGAAUCCGUACACACUGUUUGUACUAGUUCAUGACAACUCCCAUGUGGAGCUAACGAGUGUGGUGUCAGGCUCUCUGUCACAUGGUGAGCCAACUCACGGAUUAGCUGAUCGAGUCAUUAACUGCAGAGAAGUUCUCGAAGCUUUCAACCUCCUGGUGCUCCAGGUGAGCUCCUUCCCCUACACACUGCAGACCCAGCAGUCUCGGAUCAGCCCCAGCAAUGAGGUCCACUGGGUACAACCAGACACAACGGAGGAAAUGGGCUUCGAGAAGCUGUACUUUGGCUUGAAUGAGUACAGCAAGUCCCUGCAGUGGGGGAUCACCAGCCCACUCCUGAGAUGCGAUGAGACGUUCGAGAAGAUGGUGAGCACGCUCCUGGAGAGGUACCCCAGGCUGCAUAGCAUGGUCGUACGUUGCUAUCUUCUCAUCCAGCAGUACUCAGAGGCCCUGAUGGCUCUCACCACCAUGGCGUCACUCCGAGAACACAGCACACCAGAAACGCUCAGCAUCAUGGAUGACCUUCUCAGCUGCCCAGGAAAAAACAAAAGUGGGAAAGGACACAUGCUCAUCGUCAGAGUGCCCUCCGUGCAGCUGGCGAUGCUGGCCAAGGAGCGGCUGCAGGAGGUGCGAGACAAGCUCGGCCUGCAGUAUCGCUUUGAGAUCAUCCUGGGGAGCCCGGCCUCUGAACUCCAUGUUGCAACUCACUUUGUGGCACGAUUAAAGAUGUGGAGAGGAAUUGAUCAGGAAGAGUGGAUCCCUAGAACAUACCAAGACUUGGAAGGUCUGCCCUGCAUAGUGAUAUUAACUGGCAAGGACCCUCUUGGAGAAACUUUCCCCAGGUCUUUAAAGUAUUGUGACCUACGAUUAAUCGAUUCAAGCUACUUAACUCGCACGGCAUUGGAGCAGGAGGUGGGCCUGGCAUGCUGCUAUGUCUCAAAAGAGGUCAUCCGGGGGCCUACUGCUGCCCUCGACCUCAGUGGAAAGGAGGCGGAGAGGGCCCCCACCAGUGAGAAUGACUCUGAGGAGCUGCUCAUCGAUUUGGAGCGACCGCAGAGCAACAGCAGCGCUGUCACAGGAACCUCAGGUUCCAUCAUGGAGAACGGGGUGAGUUCGUCUAGCACAGCCGACAAACCCCAGCAGCAGCCUCUGACCCCCAGCUUCCAGAGCCCCACCCCCAGCGUGCGGCUGGAUGAAGGAGUCUCCGCCAGCACUGCUGCCCCUGGGGAGAGCCUGAAGCAGGAGUGUGACUCUUUGGGCCUUCCGAUGGCCAGCAGCACUACCUCCAAGCCUUCUUCGUCCUCAUCCUCCAGUGCGCAGGCUCUUACGUGGUCAGGGCAGCCCCCCAGAGGCUGCUGGAGCCUGCCCACAGCCCUGCCCCCAGUGGUGAUCUUAUCCAAAGCGGCAUACAGCCUGCUGGGAUCCCAGAAGGGCGGCAGGCUGCCACCCUCCUCCUCCCUGCUACCCCACGCUGAUGUAGCCUGGGUGAGCUCCCUGCGGCCAGGCCUGCACAAGGACAUGAGCAGCGAGGAGCAGUCCCUUUUCAACCGCCAGUGGACCUCGGCCCGGCAGCACCAUGCUGACUACAGCAACCAGCCAGACCCCGCCUCAGGCACCCGGACCUUGCACCCCAGGCGGCUGCUGCUCACUGGGCCCCCCCAGGUGGGGAAGACUGCCUCCUAUUUGCAGUUCCUUAGGAUUCUCUUCCGCAUGCUCAUCCGGCUGCUAGAGGUGGACGUGUAUGAUGAGGAGGAGAUAAACACAGAUAACAAUGAAACCAGCGGAGUGAGCCAGUCAGAGGGAGAUCCCUGGCCUGACAUUGAGACUUUCAGCAAAAUGCCUUUUGACGUCAGUGUGCACGAUCCCAAGUACAGUGUGAUGAGCCUGGUCUACAGUGAGAAGCUGGCUGGGGUCAAACAAGAAGUAAUAAAGGAAUACAAAGCUGAGGAGCCCCGGAAACGAGAAACCGUGUCUAUGAUGCUGACGAAGUAUGCGGCCUACAACACCUUCCACCACUGUGAGCAGUGCCACCAGUACAUGGACUUCACUUCCACCUCCCAGAUGUCUGACUCUACCCUGCAUGCGUUCACAUUUUCUUCCUCGAUGCUGGGAGAAGAAGUCCAGCUCUACUUCAUCAUUCCCAAGUCCAAAGAGAGUCAUUUUGUCUUCAGUAAGCAGGGCAGACACCUGGAAAGCAUGCGGCUGCCGCUGGUUUCAGACAAGAAUCUAAAUGCAGUCAAGAGCCCUAUUUUCACUCCUUCCAGCGGCCGCCACGAGCACGGACUCCUAAACCUUUUCCAUGCCAUGGAGGGCAUCAGCCACCUUCACCUCCUAGUGGUCAAAGAAUAUGAGAUGCCACUGUACCGAAAGUACUGGCCCAACCACAUCAUGCUGGUGCUUCCCGGCAUGUUCAAUAACGCAGGCGUGGCCAUUCUCAGGGACCUGAAAGACUUUAGUUGUGUCAAAGCUCAAAAGUUCUGGAGAAACCCAUUCAGCCAGCCCACAGAAACAGGAAUUUCCAGCAAGAAUGUGUCCUUGAAGACUGUCUUGCAGCAUAUUGAAGCCACACCGAAAAUUGUCCACUAUGCAAUCCUGGGUAUACAGAAAUGGAGCAGCAAGCUGACGUCUCAGAGCCUAAAGGCCCCAUUCUCAAGAUGUCAUGUGCACGAUUUCAUUCUCCUCAAUAUAGACCUGACUCAGAAUGUACAGUAUGACUUCAACAGGUACUUCUGUGAAGACGUCGACUUUAACCUGAGAACAAACAGCAGUGGCCUGCUCAUCUGCCGCUUCAAUAGCUUCAGUCUCAUGAAGAAGCGUGUUCAGGUCGGAGGGCAAAGGGACUUUAUCAUUAAACCAAAGAUCAUGGUUUCAGAGAGCUUAGCUCCUAUCUUGCCCCUUCAGUACGUCUGUGCUCCCGACAGUGAACACACUCUACUGGCAGCCCCUGCACAGUUCCUCCUGGAGAAGUUCCUUCAACACGCCUCAUAUAAACUCUUCCCCAAAGCCAUCCAUAACUUCAAGAGUCCUGUACUGGCCAUUGACUGCUACCUUAACAUUGGACAGGAGGUAGCCAUAUGCUACAUCAGCUCCAGACCCCACUCCAACAAUGUCAAUUGUGAAGGAGUGUUUUUCAGUGGACUUCUCUUGUACCUCUGUGACUCUUUUGUGGGUGCUGAUCUUCUUAAGAAAUUCAAGUUUCUAAAAGGUGCUACCCUGUGCGUCAUCUGCCAAGACAGAAACGCCUUACGGCAAACCAUUGUUCGAUUAGAGUUGGAGGAUGAAUGGCAGUUCCGCCUCCGGGAUGAGUUUCAAACUGCUAACAGCAGUGAUGACAAGCCUCUCUACUUUCUUACUGGACGCCAUAUAUGAGUUUUAGGAGAGUCCAAAAACAACAAACAUCCCUAGAUGGAGUGGGGCAACAAUUAUUGGGGAUUUUUUUUUCCUUUAAAGUACAAUCACUGUGGAGCAAAGU